AUGGAGCAGACUUUCUCCAACUUAUCCGGACCCGUCUGUGCCGGUAUCACUCUAUCGUUCCGCAGCGUCGUGGUCGGUCUAUUUCUGACAGUCUUCAUCUCGUUUGCCAUUGUUGGGAACAUACUUGUGAUAUUAUCUGUUCUGUGCAACCGUCACUUGCGGACUGUGACAAAUUUCUUUAUUGUAAAUCUUGCCGUGGCAGACCUUUUGCUCAGCUUAAUGGUUCUGCCGUUUUCUGCGACUAUGGAAGUGCUUGACUGUUGGGUUUUUGGCCGUGCUUUCUGCAACGUCUGGGCAGCCGUGGAUGUUCUCUGUUGUACAGCGUCAAUUCUCAGCCUCUGCAUGAUUUCGAUCGACCGUUACAUCGGAGUGAAGCACUGUCUAACGUACCCGACCAUUGUAACAGAGCGACGCGCAGCAAUGGCACUGGUGGUGCUCUGGUGCGCUUCCAUGGUCGUAUCAAUCGGUCCAUUAAUGGGCUGGAAGGAGCCGCCACCCUCGGAUGACCACGAGUGCAACAUAACGCAGGAACCGGGCUAUGCACUGUUCUCCUCCCUGCUUUCCUUCUACUUACCACUGACAAUUAUCCUUGCGAUGUAUUUUCGUAUAUAUGUCGUGGCACGGCGGACCACUGACAGUUUAGAAGCCGGGUUGAAGCGCGAGCGAGAGAACACUGUAGAGAUUGUGCUGCGGAUCCACUGCAGAAGCGCACUGGAAGAGCCGAUGCAUACACCGGGGAGAAGCCACCUGUUCAACAGGUCGUUGUCCACACGCUUAAAAAGGUUUUCUCGGGAGAAGAAAGCGGCAAAAACUCUGGCUAUAGUGGUCGGUGUGUUCAUACUCUGCUGGCUUCCUUUUUUUCUGGUGUUGCCUUUGGGCUCUUUGUUCCCAAGGCUGAAGCCAUCAGAGAAUGUGUUUAAGCUGGUAUUCUGGCUUGGUUACUUCAACAGCUGCGUGAACCCUCUCAUCUACCCCUGCUCCAGUUUGGAGUUCAGAAGAGCUUUCAGCCAAUUACUUCGCUCUUUCGCCUGCUCGGCCGCGCUCCGGCACUCAGCCAGACAUUAG